UGCGCAAGACCGUUGACCUUUACAACUUGUGCAGUAAAUUAUCAAGAUUACCUUUUCAGAACGUGUUCUAAAUUUUUAAUUUGUUCACAUAACCCAGAGAUGAGGGUGGUGCGGUCAGCAAUGGUUUAUUUGGCUAUUUUCAUCCUCAACAUAGCUUACGGAGCCCUGGCCCAGAACAACUCUCAACACCAUGGAAACGUGACGCAAGCGCGGCUGGUGGGUGGGUCCAGUAACGGUGAGGGCCUCCUGCAGUUGUACUAUAAGGGGGAAUGGGUGCAUAUUUCUGCCUCUUAUGGAUAUUUCACGAGAAAUGACGCCAAGGUUGUAUGCAGCAUGCUUGGAUACGGUAACAGUACAGUGGCAUAUCCGCUCUUGCCUGAUGAGGGGGGCAGCUUGUUUGGUUCACUGACAAGUCGCUCAUGGAAUGACCAGAGACUCAACUGCCGCGGAACAGAAACAGAUAUUAAACAGUGUAGCGGAUGGUCAAACUCGUUUUCACUUUCAACAACAGACCAUGGCUUCACGGUUGCGUUGUUAUGUGAACGCCCUCAGCUGCGGCUACAGAACGGUGACACUCCAUAUUCCGGAAGAGUAGAACUUUAUUUCCAGAACAGAUGGAGGCCUCUUUGCGGCUACAAUUUCGGACAUGCCGAAGCAAGAGCCGUCUGCAACACGCUGGGUUUUCACAACACGGGCAUUGCUGUUGCGUUCACGGGGUCUCAUUUUGGAAAAGGCACGGUUGAUCCCAUCAUCAGUAAGCUGAAUUGCAAGGGAAACGAAGCACACAUUUUCGAUUGCAGUCCCUACUUUGAAUCAGCCUGCACCAAUAUGGGCGAUAGAACCACAGCCGGUGUCAAUUGCAAUAAGACACGUUUGCGCCUUGUUGGUGGUCCAACUAACACAUCUGGGCGAGUAGAGGUACUCCAGGAUGGAACAUGGGGAACUAUAUGCGGCGAUUUCAGCGGAAAUGCUGUGACAGUCAUAUGCAGGAUGAUUGGUGUCAAUAAUCCUCAAGCUUUUGGAUACGGUCAUAACUACUACGGAGAGGGUCACGGCAACAUUGUCAUCAAAUCCCUUUCCUGUGACGGCACCGAGACCGAUAUCUCAAUGUGCCGCUCAUACUAUUGGGCGGGCUUUGGAAAUUCCUUCUAUGUUUCUUGUGAUCAUUCAAAGGAUGCCGGUGUCAAUUGCGAUGGGAAAACUCCCAUCCGGUUAGUAGACGGCGUCUCAGAGCAGUCCGGUCGUCUCGAGGUGUUCCAUAACGGUCACUGGGGCACAGUCGGUAGUUCCAACUUCGACGACCACGAUCUUGAUGUCAUCUGUAGGAUGCUUGGAUUCAAUUAUUCAUCCAAAUCAUUCUACGAGUUUGGGUACUACGGAGAAGGAUAUGGGGAGAUUGUUGUGAGCAGUCUAAGCUGCCAAGGCCAUGAGUCUGACAUUGGUCACUGCGCGGCCACGUGGUGGCCGAUCAUCUCAUAUGAUCACAGGCGAGACGUUGGCGUCAACUGUAACGGCGUUAUUCCCAUCCGUCUUGGCGGGCCUGGCAACGCUACAGCGGGGAUGGGACGAGUUGAGUUUCUGCACAACAACCACUACGCCACCAUUUGCUCCAAAGGCUUCGAUCGAGUUGACUUGAUGGUCGUCUGUCGUAUGCUCGGAUUUGACAAUAUUCCGGCAAGCGCCCAUUGGUUCCUCAGCCCAAACCAAGGCUUUGGGGAGAUUGGGUUUUCCCAAUUGCAUUGCUUAGGCAUUGAAGACAGCAUCGGACACUGUUUAGCAGACAAGCCAGCCUCGGGUUGUAGCCAUGCCGAUGACGUGAAUGUCAACUGUCUUGGAGCAACUGAGAUUUUACGAUUAGUUGGAGGCUCAAAGAACUACACGGGACGGGUGGAGUUGUACCACACAGGUCAAUGGGGCACGAUAUGCGACACAUCCUUUGACAAAGCUGACGCCGUCGUCAUCUGCAGGAUACUGGGCUUCCCAAACCCGGAACGCGCAUUGGCCUAUUCGGGUGGACAUUUCGGGUCUGCAAACAGUAGCGUGCCGUCGCUGAUGACGUACCUCCGUUGCAACGGGCUAGAAACGACAUUGAGUCAAUGCAAUCCUACGUGGGCGGUAAAUGAGUGCAGUCAUAGCCAUGAUGUUGGCGUGGAUUGCUGUCCAAACUGUCAGCAGGCAGGAAUCAUCGGUUGAAGAUUCUUAGCCGUCACUUCUGGGUUACGGGAAAUAACCGAAAUCAUGCAUAAUAAUAAAUUCGAAAUAAAAUGACCUUUCUUUAAGUCAAUAAAAAUUCCUUAUUCUGAUAUUUAAAUAAACUAUUUUAAAUAAAGACUUUUUAAUGUG